AUGGAGUCAUCUGGAAAACCAGGCGAGGGGGGAGGGGAGGGGAAUGGUGACUGGCGGGGAUUGAACACGCUGUCCAGGUCGUACAUUUACAGUUUAUGCAUCACCGCAGCACGGUUCCACACGACCCCGGCAGGCGAUGAUUUGAAGGAUAAGAUUGGACUUGUCUAUCAGUUUAACAUCUCCCCCAAGAAGAUUGGGAUUAACGAGGAAAAGUUCACGGUGGAUUUAAAGUCCAAGAAGGUCACGGCAGGAGCGUCUGAAGGGAAGCCCGACGCGAUGUUCUCUUUUACUGAUGAUGACUUCGUUUCUGUCGCCACUGGCAAGUUAAAUCCGCAAAUGGCGUUCAUCAGAGGGAAGAUGCGGAUAAAGGGAAGCAUGAAAGCUGCUCAGAAGUUUACCCCUGACAUUUUUCCUAAGCCUGCGAAGCUGUAG